AUGUCUUCGAACAAUCAAGGAGAAAGAGAUGUUGAAUCGGGAGCUGGUGAUGUUUCGACAGGAGGAACUUAUAACUCGAAACGCAUGCAAAUGGCUCAAGCCCAAGUCAAUGAUGUCAUCGAUGUGAUGAGAAAUAAUGUGAACAAGGUGAUGGAGCGUGAAGCUCAACUCAACUCUCUGGAUCAUCGUGCUGAUGCUCUCCAGAACGGAGCAUCUCAAUUCCAACAAUCGUCUCGUACUCUUCGUCAGAAGUACUGGUGGCAGAACAUGCGUAUGAUGAUCCUUCUCGGACUCAUCGCCUUCCUCAUCAUCGGAAUUCUCAUCAUCUGGCUCACCAACUAA